GUUUGAAUUGCAAGGAAAUCUGACAAAAAGACAUGCCAGAUGUCAAGUCUUGAACGUCAAAGGAACCCUUGAAUAAAGCAUAGUGAAAGCUUCAAGGGACUUAAAUAAGAAUAAGAUUGUGCCUCUAAAUGAGUUGUUUAAGCGAUUUGAUCCUACAAACUCAUCAUCAAGAGCUUCUAAUCAAUGAGGCAUGAAAAGAAUUGGGAGUGAGAAGCAAUACAAAAAAUUGAGCAUUAGCAAAUUUGCUUACAAGAGCCAUAAGCCAAGAAUAAACCAGCACUUACCUCAGAAUUAUGCACUUCACAGCAGAGGGCUAAAGAAAAGCCAGAAGCCUCCUGUUAACCCAUCUUUUAACUUUAUCAUUGCGAAGAAGGUAAUGAACAAGGAGCUAAAUUCUCCUGAAUCCUCUAGUGGCGAAUUUGAUUCAUUGAAAGCGAAGUUCUUCAACGAAGUCAUCUCUCGCAAGAUGCUUGAUAAUGAUUUCAAAAAAUCACUUAAUUUUUACCAUCCUCACAAUAGAACAAGACUUUUGGAGAAACAGGAAUCCUUAAAAAGCUUAAAAUGCUCGAAAAGGUCAAAAAUUUUAACUUGACCUUCAAGCCCAACAAGUUUUCAUAAAAACUCUUCCCUUGUUCUUACAAAAGACUCCAGAUGUAACACUCCCCUCUCCAUAAACCAAAUCUCCUUAAAAUAAGAAAAUUCCCAAACCCCUUAAGAAAAUGAAGAUCAUUAAACUUAAAAAUCUGACUACAAAUCCAUCAAUCAGCAACCUGAGUAAUUUAAGAAGGAAGAUCAAGCUCUUUGGAACAAAACCUAUUUUGAAGAAGAAUAAGGCUCUACAAGCUGAAAUUUCAACGCUGAAUUGCAAGCAAGACUACUUUGACAAUAAGAAUUUGUAUAACAGAAGUAAUUUUUCUUUGAGAGAAGGAAGAAGAAACUAUCAAAGCACACCCACCUUCAACACCACUCCCAUAAAUCCCCACCCUCUUCCCUCAUUCCUCCCCAAAAGUCGCACUCAAAUCCCCCAAAAUCCCAAAACAACUUAAAAACUUACCCUUUUCACUAUAAUACCAUGCACAAAUUUCUACUAAGCUCGAAGAUAUCAUCCCCAGUGAAAUUUAGAACUGACUCCUAUAUGAAUGUCAUAAAAAAUAGAUAUUAGUCUUUGAAGUAAGGACAGGGUGAAGAAGAGAUUUGGGCGUAGGGGUGAGACAUCUUAGAUGUUAAACUGAUAUUAUUUUCAAUAGAGAUAUUAAAAUAUGGGGUUUUGGGGUUUUGG